AAUCUUAAGCAGUUGUUGUUUGAAUUUGUAUCUUUCAGAUAACAUGGGAAAAAUUAAUGGGUAUAAAUGAUAUUUGUUCCUUAUUCUUUUAAUAGAAAAUAUUGACGAAAAGAGGAGAAGAUAAAUUUUUUAUUCUUUCUCUCAAUUUAGCUCUCUUUGAAAUGCUUUUAAAAUAAGCGCUCUUCAACUAGUAUAUACAACAAAAUUAAGUUAAAUGAACUAACCAGUGCUUUAAUGUUUUUCAUAUUCAACAUCGUAGAUAAAAAUGGAAGGUGGACGGUCUCAUAGAUGUCAUGCACUUGAAAAUAUAGACAUUCAAUCGUGGUCAAUUAUAAAAGAUGUAAAUGGGAAGGAGUUUGUUGUAAAAUCCUACUUCAACAUGGGUACAUCUGUUCAUUAUGAUGUUCUGCUGUAUGAUGGUAUGGAUGUGUGGGCAGAAGAUAUUGAUGAAGAUACCUUCAAGAAAAAAUGUAAGGAGUACAAUCCUAAUAUCGAAGCGAAGCUGCCAAUGCUUUUAACUCAUGUUAAGAAGAGUUUACAAGACUGCUCAACAGCAAAUAUCAAAAAUUCAACAUCAACUGAAGUGCAACUUAUUGUAGAAAGCAAAAUACAGGCCGGUUUACCGUUUCACUGGACCUUUCUGUUAAAGAAAUGCCAAACGCAUACGCUAAAUAAGCAUAUCGUAAACCCGAUGUUCGUAAUGGUAAAAGAAUUGUUUCGUCGUCAACAAGAGCUGUUUAACUUGCUUGAAAUGAAAGACAGAGAGAUACUUGACUAUCAAGAUCAAGGGAGUUUUGUUUCAAGAAAACACUUGCAAACGCGUCCAUUCCAAAGAAAUAUAUUCCAAACUAUUUCAAACGUUAAUGAGAAAUUUUUAUCCUAUUGUGAAAACUCGUCUUGUAUUGCCUCGCUGAGUUCACCAGAAGUGUCUGACUUGUAUCGCAGUGUUAUGCUAAAUACACAGAAGCACCAAAACAUUGCAGUGACAUCAAGCACGUUCGAUACAUUUGAAACGUCUGAAAAAACCCCGAAACAUGCACCAUCGUGGUCCGGACGAGUACCGGAUUCCAUUGGAAACGAACAAGACGCACAUAUUGUUUCCAACGAAACUAUCCCACCGGAACAAUCUCCUGUCGAGGAUAUUGAACAGGAGAGGAGGGAAGCUCUACGAAAACGUUUGGAAGAGGAAAGCAUGCGGAAAAAGAAAAAGAAAAAAAGAAAAUUAAAUAUAUAAAUAUUUAACUUAUUAUGUUUUAAUGUGAUUGUAAUUUUUACAUUUUGAAUUUAUUACACGUAAAUAGACUAAUUAGAACCA